AUGCCGCCCAAGGAAGAGAAAAUCCUCGCGGAUAAGGUGGUCCAGCGGCCUUCUUUGAUCGCUAUGCGAAAAGCGGUUGAAAAAUUCAUCGCUGACUUCGAUCCAGACACCAUCGAGCGUCUAGAUAGCGAAUAUCUGGAAGAACAUCUUGCCGAAAGAGUAGAUUUCGAGCAUCGGUAUUGUACCGCAAAAGGAUUCCUGCUUUCGAAACUCCCCACCAAAGGUAAUCAAGUGCAACUGAACGCCUCGUUUGCUGCUCCGCCUGUCAACUUCCACCUCCGCUUACCGCAGAUCGACCUACCACGUUUCAAUGGCGAUUUUUCACGUUGGUUGUCGUUCCGUGAUACAUUUUCGUCCAUGGUUCACUCCAAUGCGGACAUACCAACGGUCGCCAAACUGCAAUACCUUUUGCAGUCUCUGGAAGGGAACGCAAAGAAGCCCUACGAGUCGGUCAAUGUCGAAGCUGACAAUUACGCUUGCACUUGGGACGCACUCCUCAAGCGAUACGACAACCGUCGAUUCUUCAAGCGGCAACUUUUCCGGGCACUCUACGAUUUACCAGCGGUGAAGCAGGAGUCUGCUAAUCGCAUCCACAGCCUGAUCGACGAUUUUCAGCGCCAUGUGAAGGCCUUGAAGAAGCUGAACGAACCUGUGGAGCACUGGGACACACCGCUGAUGAAUAUUUUGUCGUACAAGCUGGACCCACCCACUUUGCGAGCCUGGGAGGAGAAGACUAGUACGCAGGAUGACGUGAAGUAUGAGGAGCUGGUAGAAUUCCUCUAUCAGCGCGUACGAGUGCUGAAUUCAGUAGGCUACGAGCACCAUCAGCAUCCAACGCCGUCGGCAAAGGUGGCCGGCAACAGUCCAAAACCCACCAAAAUCAAGUUCGCAGCCAACGCCGCUGCAUCCACCAAUUCAUCCUCACCAUGUCUACUGUCCUGUUCCGACAAUCACGUCCUACGCAACUGCCCUAUCUUCCUCGGGAAGGAUGUACGCCUUCGCCGAGAAUUCGUCACGUUGAAGCGGUUGUGUUGGAACUGCCUGUGCAGCGGACAUCAGUCGAAGAAGUGUACGUGGAAGUUUUCAUGUCGUACGUGUCACGAAAGACACCAUUCGCUGCUUCACGAUCCUGCUUUAUCCAAGUCGUCAUCGAGUUCAACCGUGUCAUCUACUAUUCCCGUUCAACAACCGUCUCCGUCCACUAGCGUGGGCACUCGAAGCUCCGCUCCUCCCAAUAUCAGCAUGGCAGUCCGAACUGCAUGCAAUACUGUUUUGUUGGAAACGGUUGUCCUCAAUGUCGUUGAUGAUCACGGACACGAGUACCAGCAGGGAGAGGCCACGUACAGUGUGAAAAGAGCAAUUGCCGCCACCAUCCAGUGGAGAACACAGGAGUUUUCGACGAAGCUACAGUUCCUCAUUCUUAAAAAUCCUUCGGCACAGUUGCCGACCAUACCACUCAACAUCUCGUCGUGGAACAUUCCCAGGGUUGGACUCGCCGACCCUCAAUUCCACAUCCCAGAGAGGAUAGACCUCGUUAUCGGCUCGGUUAUCGUUGAAGCCUUCUGGGAGAUUCAUAGUGGUCGGAAGAUUCCGUUAGGGGACGAACUUCCAUGGUUGACUGAAACACCAUUCGGAUGGGCUGUCGCUGGCACCGCAUCCAGUCAACACAAUUGUAUUCCUCGGAUCUGCAACCUUUCUACGAAAGAUGAUCCGUUAGAAGCUACGCUUCAAAAGUUCUGGGAAAUCGAGUACAUCUCUGACGGACCAGCACUAUCCGUUGAAGAAGAUCGCUGUGAGAAGCACUACGUACUUUUUUUUGUUAAAGCUACUACCACCCGUGAUCCUUCUGGAAGGUAUAUCGUCAGUCUUCCUCGAACCGACACGACAAUCCUUGUCCUAGGAAGCUCAAGGGAUAUAGCAGAUCGCCGUCUUAUGAGUGUCGAGAGGCGUCUCGAACGUGAUCCUGCCACCAAGGACGCGUAUCAUCGUUUUAUGGACGAAUAUCUCAAGUUAGGGCAUAUGAAGAAGCUCAUCGAUCCAGUAGACGACAAUCAACCGCACUGCUACAUACCGCACCACGCCGUCUUCAAAGAGUCGAGCACGUCUACAAAGGUUAGGGUCGUUUUCGACGCGUCGUGCAAGACAUCCUUCGGAUAUUCAUUAAACGACACUCUCUUGGUUGGACCAGUCGUUCAGGAGGAUCUGCUCUCCAUCGUGCUGCGUUUCCGAUUCACUGUUUUCGCCGACGUGGAGAAAAUGUAUCGCCAGAUGCUCCACCCUCCGGAAGACCGUAAAUUCCUUCGGAUUCGCUUCCGGACAAGCUCCAAUGAUCCUAUUUCCACCUAUGAGCUGCAGACGGUGACCUACGGCACCGCGUCUGCUCCAUACCUUGCAACCAGGACAUCGCAGCAGAUUGCACGCGACAAUGGGCACCAGUUUCCAGCUGCAGUAAAUCCAGUCAUUUACGAUUUCUACGUUGACGAUUUCCUUUCGGGUGCUGAUGACGUAGAAUCUGCAAUUGAAGUGAGGCAACAAGUAACGUCGAUGCUGAAAACUGCAGGCUUUCCAAUCAAGAAAUGGGCAUCGAAUGUUCCGCACGUUCUACAUGGUGUUUCAUCGGAAGAUUUAGCUAUUCAACCGCUGCAUGAACUUCAGCACGAGCAGGCUGUUUCGACUCUGGGUCUCGUGUGGGAGCCGAGAACCGACGCACUACGGUUCAAAGUACAGCUACCUCUACCGGCCAUAGUCCUGACAAAGCGAAAAGUGAUGUCUUACGCAAAUCUUCGAUCCACUUGGUCUUGCGGGUCCUACAAUUGUGGGGGCCAAACUAUUCAUGCAGCGUUUAUGGGCAAGAAUGGAGAAUGGGGAGGCCUUUCGCCUCCGAACGCCGUCAAUCUCCAACUCCACUUCUUCGCCGACGCCUCUCAAGGAGCUUACGGAUCCUGUUGCUAUGCACGAGCAGAAACCAGUGGCGGAGUAUCCAGUCGACAUUCCAUCGCCCGGCUGGAACUCUGUGCUGCACGACUAUCAACGCAGCUAUUCGAGAAGGUGGUUUUUGCCUUGAACCGCUUGCCACCCGCUUAUUUUUGGACGUACUCCACUACCGUUCUCCAUUGGCUACGAUCUCCUCCAUGCCGUUGGAAGGCUUUCGUAGCGAACCGAGUGUCACAAAUCCAGCACUCGACCGAUGUCAGUCACUGGAAGCACGUAUCCGGUCUCGACAACCCCGCUGACGAUAUUUCACGUGGGCUCAGCCCUGUCGACAUGCUACAAUGCAAGUGCUGGUGGAACGGCCCAAUCUGGUUAUCACUCGAUUCAGAUCACUGGCCGAAUCUCAUUCCCACCGACGAAGAAGCAGAGACUAUCACCGAAGAACGCAAUGUGUCACACGUUACGAUGAGCUUUCUCCAAGCUUCGUCGCGUUACUGUGUUCUGUUUACGAUACCUGCAAUCUUUGCGAGCACGCGCAGUACUGCGCCGAACCACCAACUCAGUAUUCGCAACGAUACCGUUUCUCCAGUCUCCACCGAAGAAUUGCAACGCGCUGAACUUCAUCUGUGUCGGCUAGCUCAACAACAGUUGUUUCCUGCAGAGAUCUCUCACCUAUCGAGCGGUGAACCAGUCAUCAAAUCAUCCGCCAUGAAGUGGCUGAAGCCGUACAUCGACGAAGAUCGCAUUAUUCGCGUCGGUGGCCGGCUGCGGCACGCCACACUCUCCGAUUACGUCAAGCAUCCUAUCGUACUCUCUGCCAAACACCCGCUGUCGACUCUACUGGCUAGUUUCUUUCACUUGAAGCUACUGCACGCAGGGCCGCAACUCCUGCUAGCCACACUGCGCCAGAAGUUUUGGAUUCUUGGCGGCAGAAAUUUGUCCAAAUCCGUUUUCCGCCAUUGCCACACUUGCUUUCGUAGCAAGCCCACACUAGUCCAGCAGAGCACAGCAGAUCUUCCGGCAUCUCGAGUCUCACCAACUCGUCCAUUCUCCGUCUGUGGAGUCGACUAUUGUGGACCGUUCCUGUUGAAGGCAACCGUUCGCAAUCGUGCUCCAACCAAGGCUUACGUGGCAAUCUUCGUUUGCUUCGCCACGAGAGCCGUCCACGCUCGAAGAGGAAGAAUCGCCGAGCUGCACUCGGACAAUGCGACAACUUUCAAGGGUGCGUCACACGCACUCAACCGUAUCUACCAGAUGCUGAAGGUAGACAACAAUGAUCGGGAUCGGAUCUUCAAUUGGUGUGCGGAGAACGAGAUUCGGUGGAAGUUUAUUCCGCCUCGUGCACCGCACUUUGGCGGGCUUUGGGAGGCUGCAGUCAAGUCAGCGAAGAAGCACCUCCUGAAAACAGUAGGCAACACCAACAUUGCCUAUGAACAGAUGUUGACUCUACUGGCACAGGUCGAAAUGUGCCUCAAUUCCCGUCCGCUGACUCCGAUGCCAAGUGAACCGUCUGAUCUGGAGGUCCUAACUCCAGGACAUUUUCUCGUCGGGGCCAACCUUCAAGCGAUCAUCGAAGGAUUCGUCGUGAACCGUUCGACACAGCAGUUUACCGAGGAACAACUAGCCCACCUCAACAAGGGACUGGGGUAUGCGAUCACACAGGAAUCAGACGUGGAACAGAUCAUCGUGGACAUGGAGACAGCGAUUUCCCGAAAUAUCGAGCAACAGGAUCAAAAUACAGCGAGGAACAUCGUGGCAGACGCCAUCAAAGAAGGACGGCACGGGACAAUGAACCAUAACGAAAGGAGGAUUCUAAAGAAGCUUAAGGAAAAACCAGUAUACUACCCGAGCAGCACAAGGUACGUAAAAGCCGAUAAGGGCAACGCAGUAGUGGUGAUGGAUAAAGAGGACUACGACGAACAGAUGACGACUAAAAUCAACGGAGGACCUUAUAGACAUUUGAGAGUGGAUCCGCUACCAGGAUUAAUAAGACUCACGGAGAAAACAAUAAAGGAGUGUGAGGCAAUCAUCGGAGAAGCUCGAGUGAAGACAGUAAACCCGGUUCUACCUAAGAUUAAAGGACUACCAAAAAUCAAUAAACCUGGCAAGGAGAUGCGAGAGAUAGUUUCAUCAGUAGGUUCCCCUACCCAAAACAUAGCCAAAUGGUUGGUAAAGGAGUUCCAAAGUAUGCCGAAACCAUUCCCCAGCAGGUCAGUCAUCAACACCCAGGGGUUCGCCCAGAAGCUGUUGGAAUCAGGACACAUCGAUGAAGAGGACGUAAUGAUUCUCGGUAUAUUUAUCAAGUACUACCAAGUACUACCGAGUACUACCUACCGCAAAUUUUUGGUGGUUGCAGAAUCCCGAAAUCCUAAGAAGAAUUGCUUUCAGAACCUCGAAAAUGGAACAAAAAGCUCCACUCAGAGCCGAUUCGAACCUAAGACGUCCUGA